ACACACUUGCACGCAAUGGCUGCUACUUGGCAUGACAUGCCCUUCAUCCGCGUCGUUGAUGAGUCCCGCCCGAUCAUCGACGACGGGUUCCAGCUCUUGCAACACGCGUACGCUCGUCAGGACCCAAGCAUCCGCUACCGUGGCUUUGAGAUGUCUCUGCGAGCUAACACCUCGAAGCCCGAGCCCACUCCCUCCGACAGGCCUCGGGGCAUCCACAUCAGUGCCCCGAAGACGGUCCCUGGACUCAUCGCUUCUUCGCUUCUCCUCCCGCUCGAUGUCGCCCGCCAGUGCAAGCACAUCACGCACCGGAGGGAGGGUUUCGAGAUGAAUGAGGCGAGGAAGCACUUGGACAUUGAAGCGGUGCGUAAUGGCUGGUUCUGA